GUGUGUGAGAGAGAGAGUGUGUGUGUGUGUGUGAGUGUGUGUGUGUGUGAGAGUGUGUGUGUGAGUGUAUGUGUGUGAGAGAGAGAGAGGUGGAGAGCAGGAGGGUGGAGCUGCUGGAAACUUUUAGCAACAAGCUCCAGCAGAUCCGAGGAUCCACGCUGAGGGACAGAAACAUCCUGAAAACAUCUGAGCAGAUCGAGCAGAAGAAGCAGAAGAAGCGAGAUCAUGGGUGAAGACGAGGUUCAGCUGGAGAAGAGCAGCAUGGAGAACCAGCACCAGAGCCAGGAGCUUCUGGUCCCGAGCGGCGAGGAGCCGUCCCAGCCCGAACCCUCCGACGGAGCUCCGUCCCACCACCUGCUGGUGAACGCUGACCUGGAGGAGGGCCACGAGCUGAGCGCCAUCACGGUCCUGACCCUGCUGGACCAGCUGGUGAAGAUGCUGGACGGCGUGCAGGAGAAGCAGCUGCGCAUGGAGCAGUGGCAGCAGGAGAUGGACGGCUCGGUCAAGCGCAUCCAGAACGACAUGAACAAACUGCUGAAGAGCAACAGCGGGGCCGUGAACAACGUCAGCAAGCUGCUGGAGAAGAACCGCAAGAUCAGCGCCGUCAUGAAGGACGUGCGCGACAAGAUGGAGAGGCAGGGGGCCCAGGUGAGGAAGCUGGAGGACAACCACGCCUACCUGAUGCACCGCGACAACUUCAGAGUGCUCAUCUUCCAGGAUGAGAAGGAGAUCCCAUCCACCGUCUUCCUGAAAGACCCCCCACACGACCCUGAAAAUGAUUCCCUCUCUCCUGAUCCCAAUCGCUCACACGAAGAGGAUCUCCACGUGGUCCAGCUUUCCUCCGACGAGGAUCUGGACGAAGAGGACGACGAUGAUUUUAACUUGGAGAUGAUGGAAAAUCUGGAGAAAUCCCGCGCCGAGAAGAUCAAGAGCUCCAGCCUGAAGAAGGUGGACAGUUUGAAAAGAGCUUUCACCCGCGAGAACUUCGAGAAGAAGAUGAAUAAGAUCGUGUCUGCAGAGAAGCGUGACAAGAUCAAAAAGUCUCUGAGUCAGAAGAACAAGGGCGGUUCGUUUAAGAUCUUCAAGAAGAUCCGAGAGGGAGAGGAACCUGCCGAGAGCUUUUCUGAGAUCCAUGCUGAGCUCGCUCCCGAUCAGGAGGAGCAGGAGGAAGAGGCUCCAGAGAAGAAGGAUGUAGAGAAGGAGGAGGUGGAGAAGGAGGAGAUGGAGAAGGAGGACGCUGAUAAGGAGGCGCGUCCGGACGACAGUGGAGAGGCUGAGCCGUCCACCGAGGGCGUCAGUGAUGAGUACGCCCUCUCUGACACCCUGCCCCAGGAUUCUUCCCGAAAUGCACCGGAGGAUGGAGAAGAGGAGAAGCAGGAAGAGCAGAAGGAGAAGGAGGAAGGUGGUGAAGAUGAGGGUGGUGCUGCAAAGGAAACAUCUUAAAGUUCCCUCAGGCUGAUGCUGCCUUCAGCACUGAUACACAUUUAUUAAUAAUAAUAUCAGUAAUAAUAUCAUUCAUCCACCAACCAGCAGUGACCAUCAACACCAUGCUUUCAGACCCAUGAGGAACAUGAAGAACCUUACAGAAUGUACGUGAUCCCCUCUGCUGGUAAUCUGCUCCAGUCUAGUUUGUUCCCCCAUCGUUACCCACAAUCUAGGCCUCCAUAAAAGAAGAACUUACCCCAUUUAUCAAAAACACUACACAAUAAACUGCGCCGUUCUGGUGUGUCUGUGAUGUGGAAAAUCCUCAUACACAGUGUCAGUCAGUAACAGAUCCAAUGGUUGAAGAUUCAUGAGUACAUCCUUCUCAGUGGUCUGAUUCCUGUACAGAACGGGACAGUCAGUGUCUCCAACUGCCCCCCAACCCUCCAUCCACAUCCCUCCCAGUGUUACUCUGGUGGUUUGGAACAGGAUCCUGAGGGACUCUAAAGGCUGCACCACCGGACGCUGGUUAGUUUUAGAUGUUGCUCCUCAGAAUGUGGAAGUUUUGAGGAGAUGACAAGUGAGCUACUGAAAACAUCACAGCAGGAUGAGAGCACGUCGCUGUCAACAAAUAGUUCUACAAUUUCUUAGUCUGUUUAGAUCUUGGAUCUGGAUCAUGGAACGAUGCUCCCACUUUUCCAGAGAUCCCAGGUUCCCUCGGUCUUCACUACAACACAGAAAUAAUGAUGUGAGGUUUAUUACGCUGUAGGGUUUCUAAUGGUGUUGGGUUCUUAAUGGUUCAUUAAUGGUUCUUUCAUGAUUAUAUAAAGGGUUCAUUAAGGGUUCUUUAAUGGUUCUUUCAUGGUUUUAUUACCAUUCUACUGUUGAUUUGUUCUGUAGAGUUCUACGCUGCACCUUUACAUGUUCUCUCAGAAGAACAAACACUGUAAUAAAUCAUGACCAGUGAGGUUUUAUGUCUAUAAAUACUUCAGUAGAAGAUCGUUAUUGUGUAUCAGGAGCUUUGGGCCGGAUCUGCUCUGGAACGAAUCUUUAACACGACUUUUUCCACUUGAUGUUCACACUUUUCUUUCAUCUCAGAUCUGAAUCUGUUUCUGAUUUAUUAUAAUUUCACUUCUCGUAUAAUUACUAAAAUAUAAAAAUGCCAAAGAUUGUAACCACGACAUUCACAACGUUUUAUUAUUAUUAUUAAUGCACUUCUGCUUUAACACUGAUUCUCUAAUAAAUAAAGAUUUUGAACCUU